UCGGAACUGCCGACCUCAUGAAAUCUGCUCUCUAGAAAGUGAGCAUAUCUUUUCAUUCUGAGCAUGGGCAGUGUCUGUACUUUGGUGCCAAGCUGAGAGUAACUUCUCAAGAUUAUUUAUAACCAGUGCAAAUCAUGUGAGCAAAGACAACUACUUCGUUCUUUUAGGUAUUUCUAACUUGUUUGUUCAUUGUUGUUGCUGCUCAUGCAGGCAGCAGGCGCGGGCUGGCUUUUUGCCCCUGGUGCUUUUGUAAACCCGGAAGUGGUCACAACACUGCAUUGUUGAGGUCUGUACAUCAGUACGGAUAUAUAGCAGGCUCGGAUAUUUUAUCGCGUCGCUCAUUGCGCUUCAGAAGCAGAGUUUCAGCUUGUUUACAGAUGCCACACGUACUGUAGAUGUACUUGAUGAUGCUUCAUUGUAUUAAACUUCAUUGUUUUCAUUACUGAGGAAGUAAAAACAACCAUCAAGAUGUUGCAACAAAUCCUUAGAGACAUGUAUAUUGAUCCAGAGAUCCUUGCUGAACUCUCGGAUGAGCAGAAGGAAAUCCUCUUUUGUAAGAUGCGAGAGGAGCAGAUCAGAAAAUGGAAGAUCAAUGACGAGGAGUAUGAGAAGAAAAUGAAGAAAACCAAGAAAAAGAAGAAGAAAGGUGGCAAGACGGUAGAGUGGCUGUUAGGCAGGGACAGCAAGGAGUGGGUGUGGGUGAUGGGAGACCAUGACAGUGAUAAACAAAUUGAAGACAUCUUGGUCAAAGAACGACAACUAAAAGCCAAUCAGCUUGCUCAUCAAGAAGCAGAGGCCAAGAGGGCAAAGGAAGAGGAGGGGCGCAAGAAACGUGCAGAAGAGGAGCGCAAUCUAAGGGAGGAACAGGCAAGACUUGCUGCUGAGAAAGCUGUACUAGAGAGUGCCAGGUUAGAAGAAGAACGCAUCCUCAGGGAAAAGGAAGCUGCAGAGAAAGUACUGAAAGAGCGGCUCGCCAAGGAGCAGGCUGAGGAGCAAGAGAGAAAGAAGAAGGUCGAGGAAGAAGAACAGAAACUUCAAGAGAUGAAAGCCAAAUGGCAAAAAGCUGCCGCAGAAGAAAAGAAACGUCUUGCUGACGAAGAAGAGAGACGACAGAAAGAAGUUGAGCAGAAGAGGUUGCUGGAAGUAGAGAGACAGAAGGAGCUUGCGAAAAGGAAAGCUGAGCAAGAAGCUCUCAAGGCGUCAAUGGAAGCAGCAAGGAAGAAGAAGGAACGCUUAGAAGAAGAGAAAAAGAAGAAAGAACAGAUUGAAUUGGAGCUUUUACAUAAAGCAGAGAGACUGAAAAAACAGCGGGAGAAAGACAUUAAAGCCAAGGAGGAGAGGGAUAAGAAGUUGAAGGAAGAGGAGAAACACCGAGCUGAAGAGUUGUACGUUGUCUUGAAGAAAACUGAUGAGAAUAAGAUGAAGAUGGCCGAGACGGAUCGAGCAAAUAUUGAGGAAUUCUGGAAGGUUCAAUUACGCAGAUCAAAGAAUGCUGACAAUGAGCGGAGACAGAGAGCUCGCUGGGCUAGAGAAGAAGUCCGUCGAUCUAGACUCAGCGGUAACUUUGAGAACCUAACAUUAGAUGAAAUCUACAAUGAAGGAAUGAAGGGAGACAGUCAACAGCAACCUCCUCCUAUCAGGCCAGCCAGUGGAAUGCCGAGACCAUCCCAACCUGUAUCUAAAGAUGAUGUUAUAUGCUGGUAUAGAGAAAACCAAGAACCAAAACAAGCAGGGAUCCGUGUGGACUUCAAUGGCAAGAAGCCAUGCAAGUGGUUCCAUGGUAUUAUCCCUCGUCAGAAAGCAGAAGAAAUCUUGGAGGGAAAGAAGCCUGGAUCUUUCCUGGUUCGUGUCAGUGAGAAGGUCUGGGGUUACGUACUAUCCUACCGAGAUGUAGAAGCAAUCAAACAUUUCCUGAUUGAUGCGUCUGGGAGUACCUAUCAGUUCUUUGGUGCAGACCCAUCCAAGCAACACUCCGUCCAUAAUAGACUUGGAGAUCUCAUUACAUAUCACAAGGUCAUACCAGUUUCAGAGCGUGGCAGGGAGGUUCUAAAAGACCCAGUCGGACAGGAAGGACCUAUCCCGGAUUACAAAGAACUCUUUGAAGAUAAAGCAUGAGAUGACGCAACCAAAUUAUAGGAUGCAUCUGGUAUGCGUAAGUUUGUUUGUAAUAAUGUGCUACUUUAUAUUUUACUUGAAAAACAGUCCUACAUUGUCCGUGAUGAGAUUUCAGUGCAUCAUAUUAGGCCGAGUAAAAAAAAAAACAUGUUUCACGUCCGGGUUUUUCAAAAAAAGGAGGAAGAGGGGCUUUUU